AUGAUAUGCACGGUACAACAGGCUGGUCACGAGCGUAAUUGGCGGAUCUUUCAGCUUAUUAACAACUUAACAAUAUGGUUGUACACUGCGGUCAUGCGCACACGAAUUAAAUUUUAUUGUUUCAAUCACCUUCUACCACAUCAUUCAGAAGGUCCUACUCGCAGGGUCUUGAGAGCAAAAGGAACACCUUUGUGCAAAGUCCCUCCCCAAAUACCCACCCCCCCCAACAACUUGAAUAAUGCCACUUCAUUGGAUUCACCAUCAAAAUCCAAGGUUCAAGUUAACAAAUAUCCAGCACCAACACCUUUGCAGAGGGAGGCAUCCUCCAAACCAGCCGAUGAAUGUGUCCCAAGAGAUGUAGCAAUAGACUUGCGCAAGCGGAUUAUCGCCGCCAUCAGAGAUGCCGAUAACGCGGAAGAAGUCGAAGAAUUUUUCAAUGUGUCAAAAGACGAUUAUCAUUAUAUUUUAGAUGCUAUCGAUGAAGAUGAUGAUGAAGAUAAAGUAAUACGCAAACUCGUAUACGCUGAGGAACUCAAACUCCUUACCGCCACCCUGCCUAACCGACUUCAUCAAGCGUACCUUGCCCCCGAUGAGCGCCACACUGCUCGGCGCCGUGGGGUCGAUAGGCAUCCCUUACCGAUUCGGGCAGAUCCGCAUUCAAACCGACAUUCAUCUUCUCAGCGCCGUUGGCCUCAAACUUGGAGUGCCGGACAUGUUGAUGGAGUACAAGGACCCGGACAUGCCUCCCAGACGAAGAAAUCGGCGACAAGGAGACUCGGCGGCUUCAUGAAGGAUCGCGGGGAUCUCCUCGCCAUCACGUCCAUCGACGUGAAAGAAAAGAAGAAGCAUGUGGGGCCCCGGUCAGGGUCAGAGGCGGUUGAGGUCUUAGAGGAACACGGAUCAGUCUCAACGUUUUCGCAGUGGCUGUCGCACACGGCCCCCAACGACGAGGACCCUACCGUCAUGAAAACAUUCCGUCACGUCUGGCAGCAAUCCUAUCACCGUGACGAUAACAACGUGGCUUCGCCGCCCCGACGGCAGUUUCAGACUUGUUUCCUGAGCGCUGUGAUCUUGAAGAAAUUGAUCACGUUUUUUCGACGUACCUUGGAGAGGAUUAGAGACCGGGUUGUCUCCCUGAUUGAAACCAGGUUUCCAAGCGCCGUUAAGGAUGCCGCCUUCGAUCGUAUUCGUGCGUGGGUCUCCUCCGGAACCGCUGAAACGAUUGGGACCGUCUCGCCGAUGAGAUUAUCGUCGGCGCGAGGCAAACGGGAUACACGCGUUAUGCUGGCUGUCAUCAAAACAUCCUCAAGCGCAAAGCAGAAGCAGAUGAACUUUUUGUACACUAUCGCAGAGAAUGGAUUUUCCCCCUCCCCCCUCGCAAUACUUAGUACUGGUGGUCUUGUUGUCAGUGUUCCAGUGCAUUAUGUAUUGUCAGGCAAUUUCUACGAUGCUGUAUUAGUUGCGCUGCUCGAUAAGGCCACACACCGCUUCUUGGCAAAGUCCUGGCUCCGAAGGCCUUUGGUUCUUGGGAUCAGCAUCAAAUCAGGCUGUACAUCUGCAAUGCCAGGUAACGGAAUUCGCGAGGACUUGCUUGGGCUGCUAGGCUGCAUUAUGAAGAAUUCAAGCGGGUUUAGUGAUGACGCCGAAAGGCCGGUAGACAAAAUUCGAUUAAUUGACUAUUGCCUGGACGGAGUCAUUGCUCCACGUACGGCAGCUCCACAGCAGCUCCACGGCGCUAAUACUUUCAGCCAGGGAACUUUCGUAAUGUUAACGUCCCGUACCACCAGGCCAAUUUCGCACGGUCAAACCACACUUCAACUUGUGAGAUCUAGCCAUGUCCAUGACAUACGCUAUCCCUACGGGACUCAUGCGAUCCGAAUCACCUUCGGAACACCAAUAGUCCACCGGCAAUCGCACAUGAUGGAAUGGGACUUGGUAUUGAGUUUUGGCAGCAUUUAG